AUGUCAUUUCUUCCCGUUUUCGAGAGGGAUCCAUUCCUUGGAUUGAACCCCUAUCCAUGGGAUUCGCCUUUAGGAAGACACUGGCAUGAAAUAGCUGCAUCUACAUUGAUGUAUUUCAUAUUACAGUCACUUCUGAGUACUUAUACUCCUAUUUAUGUUGGCAAACCAUAUCUUGAUUUGAAUCGCAAGACUCGGAUUAAUUUUGAUAUUCAUGUGGUUUCAAUGGUUCAAUGUAUUCUAAGUUGUGCAAUGAUUAUUCCAAUGUGGGGACAAUCACAUUGGCAAAAUAGAACUGAAGAUCCAGUUUCUUCUAUUUUGGGAACCACUGAUUAUGGUAACUUGGUUGCUUCCUUAACAAUUGGUUACUUUAUUUGGGAUACUUAUGUUUGUCUCAGAUAUUUCCUGUUAUUUGGAUUUGGAUUCCUUUUCCAUGGAAUAGCAGCUUUAUAUGUCUUUGUACUUUGUUUAUGGUGGCCAUUCUGUCAACCUUGGAUCCCUGGAUUUCUUAUAUUUGAAGCAAGUACUCCAUUUGUUAAUAUAAACUGGUUUGCUUCUCGUUUACCAAAAGGUACUAUCAGUGGUACUGUAACAGUUAUUAAUGGCAUUCUCUUGAUGCUAACUUUCUUCCUGGUACGGAUAAUAUGGGGAUUUUAUUCUGUUGCUUUAGUGGCUACUGAUAUGUGGAAAACAUGGUCUUAUCAUGCUUGGUGGAUUCCAAGUAGUGUUUUGGCUAUCAAUGUAUUCUUGGAUGUAUUGAAUGUAUUUUGGUUUACUCGAAUGAUUCAAAUUGCAAAGAAACAAGCCAGAGCUAAAAGGGAUUAA